AUGGCUGAGCAGAUGUCUCAAGAGCGAGAGGCUUACCGGGAAGCCCAAAAGAGUGUCAAUAAGGCCCAGAAUCCUAAUAAUGUGACUUCUUCUGGAACGGGAAAGGUUUUAUGGUCCAAAAGUGGUCCCUAUAUUGCGCGGAAUGCAACUUUCGAGCUGGCAACCAGUGGUCCUCGAGUUGUGGCGUUUACUGUCACCUGCGUCUGGGGGGAUGGCCCUUGCAGAGAGAUGCUUCCCAACUUUGAUAAUGAAAUUCCAGAUAUGAUGAGGAGCAUCAUAAAAUAUCUGAUUGCACCAAUGGCAGCCCAUUAUCCGGACGUGGUCACGUAUCCCCUUGUGACUUUUGUCGACGUUGAUGUUGGGGGGUACUCAAUGAUCCAUGAAUCUGGACUUUCCGACAUUAUGAGCAUGGGCACAGAGGGUGAAAAUGACCACAGGAAGAUUACCAUAAAGCUUCCACAUCGCGGCAUUGUGUGGACCUCAGUCUCCCCAAGGACACUAUGGCGCGAGGCUCUAGCAACAUUCACAUAUGAGGUAGCACUCAUCUUUCAAUGUUAUAGGCCUAAGUCGGGGCUAGACCUGGAUCUGCUGCAACAUUCGUCCGGAUUUUGGGACUUCUGGUUGCUUGGGAAAACAGAAGGGGUUCCGAGGCUCCCUGUGCCAUUAUCUGCACCCAAGGGUCUUCUAGAGGGCAUUUCAGAUUAUGUUGUGGUCAAGUCCGGUCUUGAAAGACUGAACUGGCAGCGCCCAUCCUCGCCAGAUCAGCUGCCCCAAAAUCCUGACUGGGGUAAUACCAAGUAUCAGACAGCCUAUUUCCUCGAAUGGCUGGAGAACUCUCUCGACAAAGACACGGUUCCAAAACUAAUGGGUCAGAUUUGGCACGCUGGCUAUGCAGACGACGGUGCCAAGGAGUGUGAUGGUGCUUACGGCUGCUCGUUUGGGACGUGGGAAACAGUCACCGGAAUGAAGGUCGAGGAUCUUUGGCAGGAGUACGUGCGGACUCUCGAUGCGCCUUGGAAAAGGGAAGGGACUGUUCGUUGGACUUGGGCGCAGUUGUAUUUUGUCAUUUUUGUUAUCACCGAAAGUGUCUAUAUCAUGCAGCUAUACAAUCUUCGAUGGUUUAGCUGGCUCUAUUCCAAGUUUGGAGGCAUUCUCUGA